AUGGCGCUUGACAUUACUAAGCUUGAGCUUCACGUUGAGAGGAACAACACGGAGCACCGCACCAACGAAAUCAGCGUGAACCGCUUGAUGCUGCGACGCGGCCAGCGCUUUCAGCUGACGUUGUACACCACACGGAAGGUCCUACCGGAAACCGACACGGUGUUCCUUACCGUGGAAACCGGUGGGAAGGGGAGAUGGAAAGUAGAGCUGGUGGAGAGUUGCUCCUCUUCUUUCACCAUGGGAAUCACCAGCCCAGCGGACGCCUGUGUGGGCUCCUACAAGCUGUCCUUCAGGCUGGGGUCGGAGAAUGCUGUCCCACAACUACUCACAAACCUGGUGCUCUUGUUCAACCCCUGGUGUGCAGAGGACUGGGUGUACCUCCCCGAAGAGGCAGAAAGGCAGGAGUAUGUGAUGGCUGAGCAAGGCAUCAUCUAUACAGGGACACGGCACUACAUUGGCUCCAGGGACUGGAACUAUGGACAGUUUGAGGAGGAUAUGGUGGACAUCUGCAUGAAGCUGCUGGACAUGAACCCCAAGUGUCUGAGGGACCCUGCUGAGGAUUUCUCUGCCCGCUGCAACCCCAUCUAUGUAGCGAGGGUGGUCAGUGCUAUGAUAAAUUCUAAUGGUGACCAUGGUGUACUGGCUGGCCUCUGGCAGCCACCGUACUCCGGCGGUGUGGCCCCAUCCCAUUGGGACGACAGCGUGGAAAUCCUGCAGCGUUGGUACAGUUCCAACUUCAGCCCCGUGAAGUACGGCCAGUGCUGGGUGUUUGCGGCAGUCAUGUGCACAGUGUUGAGGUGUCUCGGAAUCCCAUGUCGCGUGGUCACCAAUUUCCAGUCUGCACACGACACUGACAAAAGCCUGACCAUUGAUGAAUACUAUUCAGACAAUGGACUCCAGCCUAAGGAAAGCCCUGACAGUGUUUGGAACUUCCACGUAUGGGUAGAGGGAUGGAUGAAGCGGCCGGACCUCUGUGGGGAUUCAACAUACGAUGGCUGGCAGGUGCUGGACCCCACCCCACAGGCGAAGAGUGAAGGAGUGUUCUGCUGUGGUCCGUGCCCUGUGAAGGCUGUUCUGGAGGGACACACCGACCUGAAGUACGAUGUGCCGUUCGUCUUCGCUGAAGUGAACGCCGAUCAAGUCACCUGGAUGCUCAUGAGAGACGGCACAAAGCACAGACUCCACACUGACACCAGUAAUGUUGGCCAGAACAUCAGCACUAAAGCUGUAGGCGCAGACAGACGGGAGGACAUCACAGCCAGCUACAAAUACCCAGAGGGCUCUCAAAGGGAGAGGCGUGUUUAUGAGGAGGCUGUCAGGCGAGGCGAGAUGACCAAGUGGUGCGGUGUCCUCCCGGCACCGCAGGUACCCCAGAAGCCCCCCAAGGUGACACUGCAGAUCACAGAGACGGGCCUGGCCAUCAACGGGAAGGACCUGGAGCUGUGCCUGACCCUGUCCAGCAAACACUCGGCUCCGCGAGAGCUCAGCGUGCACCUGAUCGCCCAGGCCAUGAGGUACACAGGUGUGCCUGACUGCCAGGUGUGGAGCGCCGUGGAGAACGUCAGACUGCAGCCCAGGCAAGACCAUAAGAUUCCCAUCUGGAUCCCAUUCUCCUUAUAUGGGACCAAGAUGCUGGACAACGACAGUCUGAAGGUCUCUGCUGUGGUGAGGGACAAGCAGCACCCAGGAGAGGUGUACUUCACAGACGAGGACAUCACCCUGCAGAGCCUCAAGCUCAACAUUGAAACACAGGAGAGCUGUGAGCAGUACAGUGAGGUGACGGCACUCAUCACUUUUCACAACCGUUUGUCCGUCACACUCAAACACUGCUCCAUCUCUCUGAAGGGCAGCGGGCUGCUGUUUGGCACAAUGGAGACCAAGUAAGCAC